AUGAGUGGACGGGCCCGCGUGAGGGCGCGAGGCCUCGCCCGCAGCCCCAGAGCCGCGGAAGUGGGGCGCCCGCAGGCCUCGCCCUCGCCUCCAUCUGUUGAUCUUAGUGACAAUGAAGCAUCCUCUAGCAGUGGCUUUGUGGGAACAAAAAGGACUUUACAGAAAGAUGAAGAUGGCAUAUCUUCUGGUGAUGUUAGAAGUACCUUCAUGGAAAGAGGUGUGAAAAUUGGACGGAACUUCAUGGAUUUGGGUAUCUGUACCAGAGAGAAAUUGGCACAUGUGAAAGAUUGUAAAACAGGUUCCAGUGGAAUACCUGUGAAACUAGUCACAAAUCUCUUUAAUUUAGAUUUUCCCCAGAACUGGCAGCUAUACCAGUACCAUGUGACAUACAGUCCAGAUUUAGAGUCCAGAAGGCUGAGAACUGCUUUGCUUUAUAGUCAUAGUGAAAUUUCCAACAAAGCAAAAGCAUUCGAUGGUGCCGUUCUUUUUCUCUCACGAAAACUAGAAGAAAAGGUCACGGAACUGUCAAGUGAAACUCACAGAGGCGAGACUGUGAAGAUGACUCUCACUCUGACAACCGAGGUGCUGUCGAGUUCCCCCGUGUGCAUCCAGGUCUUCAAUAUCAUCUUCAAAAAGAUCUUAAAAAAGUUGUCCAUGUACCAAAUUGGACGGAACUACUAUAAUCCUUCAGAGCCGGUGGAAAUUCCCCAGCACAAAUUAUCCCUUUGGCCUGGGUUUGCCAUUUCUAUAUCACAGUUUGAAAGCAGGCUCCUGUUUAGUGCUAAUGUGAGUUAUAAAGUCCUCCGGAAUGAGACUGUUCUGGAAUUCAUGACUGACCUCUACCACAAAACUGGUAUGUCCUGCUUCACUGAGACAUGUGAGAAACAACUGAUGGGGCUCAUUGUCCUGACAAGAUACAAUAACAAAACCUAUCGCAUUGAUGACAUUGACUGGUCAGUGAGGCCCACGCAUACCUUUAAGAAGCGGGACGGCACUGAGAUCACCUAUGUGGAUUAUUACGAGCAGCAAUACAAUAUUACUUUGUCUGACCUAAAUCAGCCAUUGCUUGUUAGUCUGUUGAAAAGCAAGAGAAAUGACAACACUGAGGCUCGGAUUGCCCACCUGAUACCUGAGCUCUGCUUCCUAACAGGGCUGACUAGCCAAGCAACCUCUGAUUUCCAGCUCAUGAAGGCUGUGGCUGAUGAAACACGUAUCAGUCCUUUGGGCCAGCAGCAGCGUCUGGCCAGGCUUGCUGACAGCAUCCAGAGAAACAAGGAUGCACAUUUCGAGCUAGAGAAGUGGGGGCUGCAUUUUGGAGCCCAGAUGUCUCUGACCGGAAGGGUUGUGCCUUCAGAAAAAAUAUUACUGCAAGACCACAUAUGUCAACCUGUGUCUGCUGCUGAUUGGUCCAAGGAUAUUCGAACUUGCAAGAUUUUAAGUGCGCAGCCUUUGAAUAAAUGGUUGGUUUUUUGUAGUAACAGAACCGAAAAUGGGACUGAAAGCUUUGUGAACUGCUUGAAAAGAGUUGGAAGUUCCAUGGGAUUUAAUGUGAGCUACCCCAAAAUCAUAAAAGUACAAGAAAACCCAGCUGCAUUCUUUAGAGCUGUACAGCAACAUGUUGAUCCUGGUGUUCAGUUGGUGAUGUGCAUUCUGCCUUCUGAUCAGAACUAUUAUAAUUCUAUUAAAAAAUAUUUGAGCUGUGACUGCCCAGUCCCAAGCCAGUGUAUCCUUGCUCGGACCUUGAAUAAACAGGGGAUGAUGAUGAGUAUUGCCACCAGGGUCGCCAUGCAAAUGGCCUGCAAACUCGAAGGCGAGCUAUGGGCUGUGGAGAUACCUUUAAAGUCCCUGAUGGUGGUCGGUAUUGAUGUCUGUAAAGAUGCAUUCCGCAAGGAAGUGGUGGUGGUUGGAUUUGUGGCCAGUGUUAACCCCAGAAUCACCAGGUGGUUUUCCCGCUGUAUCCUUCAGAAAGCAACUACUGAUAUUGCAGAUUGCUUGAAAGUUUUCAUGACUGGAGCAGUCAAGACAUGGUACAAAUAUAACCAUAGUUUGCCAGCACGGAUAAUUGUUUACCGUCAUGGGGUAGGGGAUGGCCAGCUAAAAACACUUCUUGAAUACGAAGUCCCACAGCUGCUGAGUAGUGUGACAGAAUCCAGCUCAAAUACCAGCUCCAAACUGUCGGUGAUUGUGGUCAGGAAGAAGUGUGUGCCACGGUUCUUUACAGAAAUGAGCCAAACCGUGGAGAACCCCCCACUUGGCACGGUCGUGGAUUCACAAGCAACGCGUUCUGAAUGGUAUGACUUUUACUUGGUCAGCCAGGCCGCCUCUCGGGGAACUGUUAAUCCCACCUACUAUAAUGUCAUCUAUGAUGACAAUGGCUUGAAGCCCGACCACAUGCAGAGACUUACAUUCAAGAUGUGUCACUUGUACUACAAUUGGAUGGGCUUAAUCAGUAUCCCAGCACCAUGCCUCUAUGCACACAAGCUGACCUUUCUGGUGGCACAGAGCAUCCAUAAAGAACCAAGUUUGGAAUUAGCCAAUUCUCUCUUCUACCUGUGA